AUUUUUUGCUAAAUCAAGGAAUCCCACCUCAGAAAAGACAAGCACAAGGUCGUCCUCAGCGCUGACGAUCUACCAAAGGUAUUACGCACAAUGGACCAGUCAAGCUCCAGCAAGCGGAAGAGAAAGGCAGACGCCAUGAACGAGUGGGAAGCAUUGGAAUUGGAGAAAAUCGCGAAGGUCAAGGAAAUGUACUCUAAAGGGGUCCCAUUCUUCACGAAAGACUCUAUUCGAAAUAUUCACCAGCAACUUCUGAAAGCAAAGACGGGUGACGAGAUUUCAGUGCUCAAUUUGGACGGUACCAGCUCUAAAUUCAAGAUCUUGAAUGGAGAGGUUGUCGAUGGAGACGAGCCCAAAACUGAAAUGGUCCAGAUUGAUCCCCAUAUCCGAUAUGAAAGCAUACAAGGCUUAACUCAGAGGAUCGACGGCGCUUUCACCGCGAGUUUCUGCCCGAUGCCAAUCGCCCACUUUUUAGAAGUGCGUGAUAAAGUUACGAAAGAGUUCUGCCAGCGGUCUAAGAAGCAUCCUAACCUUCCUAGAGAGGAAGCUGAGGAAUUCUUCAAGACUUGUUGCAAGGAGUGGGAAGCUAGCGAGCCUUGCAAGCAGUUAAGGUCGAUUCUUGCCUCUGCGCAGCUGCCGCUCGGAAUCACCAAGAUUGUGGCUUUCGCAUGUAGCAAUUUCUCCCGCAUUAUUACCAAAAAACCGCAUUCCUCUCGCGGACUUGUCCGGCCAGCUACUCAGCACGCGCUGAUAUUAACCUUGCGGGAUAUUCUCAGCAAGAAGGACUGUGGAAGCUCUGGAGAGAUCGAAUGCUAUGCGCAGGACCCUGUUUACUCUUCCUUGGACAAAUCGAUCCUGGAGCAAUCUGGAAUCAAGAUUCUCAGUGAUCCAGAAGGGUUCUUGGAGGUCGACGAGUCAACUGUCGUUCUAUCGUUCUGUCCCAAUGUCUGUGUAAGGCAGGUAGUAACUGAUAUUGCUCGACCUGCUAUAAUGAUAUGGGACAGAGUCUUGUGGAACGAAGACGAAAUGGACGGAGAGCCGAAAACCGAUCCAGACUCUCCUCGCCUGAAGAAGAUGUUACAGGCUUUCUAUGAGGAGUCCGAGAUGCCCGAUGAUUAUGAUGAUGCGAACAAGUCCUUUGGAAUUAAAUUUGGAAAUGCGGGGAUCUACAUAAGAAAAGCGAAUGCAAUAAGUCGGCUGUAAUGAGUCUUGGCCCUUGGUAUUUGCUUAUAACAUGACAACUUGCUAGUACAGGGGCGGCAUGAAUUUGAAAUACACCAGAUUCCCCUGCACUAUGAUCUCUAAUUCAUCCUUUAACGUUCCAUCCGUAUCAGAAUGACGAAGAUUUAAAACUUACCCAGGUCUGUAGAAUCGAGAAUCC